AUGAAGUUCACCGCCGCUACCAUUGCUGUUCUUGCAGUUGCCGUCUCUGCGCUGCCCACGGAUGUCCAUUACGAGGCUCCUAAGGGUAAGUUACGAGGUCCUUGCACAAACUCACAACAAACUCUUACUGAUCUUCUCUUCUUAACAGGUGGUUGGGAAUCCAUCGAUUAUCCCAAGGGUACUGGUGCAAACCUCCACGAGUAUCCCAAGGGCACUGGCGAGAACCUUCACGAGUACCCUCCUCCUACCGGCGGUUGGGAGUCUGUCGACUACACCAAGGGCGGCGCUGCAGCACUAGCCAAAUGUCCCGAAGCCCCCAAGAUGGCAGGCUCNCCCUUCACCUUUACCUCCUACUAUGAAGUCAAGGCCGUCCCUGGAGAAGUCGUUAACGGUACAACCCCAACUGGUGGUCUUGCCGGUGCCUCUGGCCUCUUCAAGAUCGGUAUCAACAGCGAAUCGAACCUGAUCUGCUACAACAUCGAAAUCUACAACUUCCGCGGCGAAUACCAAUCUCCCGCCCUAACAGCCACUCACAUCCACGAAGCUGCAAAGGGCGCUUCCGGUCCNCCCAGAAUUGCUUUCCCUAACCCUGUCGAUAUGGGUAACGGUGUUCGCCGCUCUCUGGGCUGUCUGCAGGGUCCUUUCAAGACUGGUGUCAUGGCCAACGGAAAGGAUACCGCUGAUGGCUUCCACAUCAGCCAGAUCGAGAAGAACCCUGCUGGCUUCUUUGCCGACACUCACUCAAGCUUGGCUGUUCCCGGUGCCGUUCGUGGCCAGCUUGCUUAG